UUGUUACAUGUAAAAUUUGGAAUCCGGAAUUUCAAGGGAAGUAAAAAUUAUGGUGUUGUCACGCAUUUGGACGGUCGUUUCAACCAACUGGUUACGUGAGCAAAUAGGCUCACAGUUAAAGGCGUCAAGAAAAUUACGGAUCUUGGAUACAACUUUUGCAUACGACAGAGAUGUUGACACUUACAAGGAAGGAUACCAGUUAGGACAUAUUCCACAGUCAGUACAUUUCAACAUCUUCAAGUGCACACAGAGCACACCAGAGAUUCCAGUAAACAUCCCUGAAAUCAACUGUUUCACAGAUUACGUACAGGGUUUAGGAAUCUGGCCAGAUACACAUGUUAUUGCGUAUGAUCGCAGUCUACCACAGGCUGCAUAUAGAACAUGGUGGAUGUUAAGGUUGUAUGGUCACCGUAAUGUGUCAGUCCUGGACGGGGGUCUACGCAAGUGGCUGGAGGAUGGAUAUGAUGUCACCACAGAUGAACCGGAGAUAGAGAGGUCAGACUUUGUGGCGAAGUUGGACAAGAAUUUGCUGCGCUCAUACGAUGAUGUGAUAAGAAACUUUGAGACGAGACGGGAACAGAUUGUUGAUGCCCGGGGAGAACAAAGCCAAAAUGUAACUGAUGCUGAAGGUGGAGGAACCUUAAAGGGUGCAAAACAUGUGGACUUUCAACAGAUGUUUGCUGAGGAUGGGACUUUGAAACCAGAUGCUGAACUUAAAGCUUUGUUUGACCGAGGGGGCGUGGACCUGGGUCGACCAAUAGUUGCCUCCUGUCAACGGGGGAUGACUGCCUGUGCAAUUGCAGCCGCUGCUCAGAUUCUGGGCAAGGAAAAUGUACCUGUCUAUUUGGGAUCCUGGUCUGAGUUCAGCUUGAGAGCACCUGAAGAGUUCAAGCACACACCAAAGACAGUGUGAAGUACCAUAUAUUGUACAGGAAACUGAGAUUAUUAUCAAAAAGUGUGUUGGGGAUUGGUGUUUUUACCCAUUAUGUCAUGUAUGUGCUAUGCUAUUGGUUGUGGCUUUUAUGGUGCCAAUUUUUAUUGUAAUUGUAAAAAUGCCAGUGGCAAAGGUAGCGGUGCAUGAUAAUAAACCUGUUCAAUAUGGAAUAUUUUUUUAUUUCGGGAUGAGAUCCCAAUAUAAUUUACUGCGUGCCGACGAAAAGCUAUAUAUUUAUGAAAAUCAUGACUAGUUUUUUUUUCUUCUUAGUACAAAUCUGAACUCAAGAGUGAGACGGGAGAAUGUAUGUAAACAUGGGCCCUGGAUUUCUUCAGAGAACGGAUAGGUCUUUCCAUGAACAAUUACUUUUUCCACUGGUAUACAUUAACUUACCCAAGGUAACAGAUUAUAAGAUACCUAAAUGUACCCGUCUUCUUUUUGCAUAAUUUUUAUGUCUGACUACUCCAGUGUUUAUGUAUAUUCAGAAUAUAUGUUAAAUUGUUACCCGUAUGCUCAACCGAUAAGUACAGGUAUUUGACUAAAAUGUGCAUGUUAGUGCAUUCAAAUAACAUUUUAUAAAAGUGUUUUUGAUACAAAAAGAACCUCUAUUUUCUUAUGUUAAACAUAUAUUCUGUGUUGCAACAUGUAUCGAUGCAAAUUUUAUUUAUGAAUUAAAAUUUAUAACAAU